AUGGCCUUGAUUCCAUUCUAUACAACUGGAAAUUCUGUGGUGGUCAGCUAUAUUGUCCAGAAUUCAGCAGUUUCUGGCCCCCGAGGUCUGGCCAUCGGCGACCCUGUCACAAGUAUCAGUGGCUGCAGAGUGACCAGUGUUGAUGAUUGGUACAAUUGUAUUGGGGUCAGUAUGAGGGAGAACACCCUUGGCCACUGUAUGUCUCUUGAUAUCAUUAGAGAACUGGACACCACAUCUCCCUACUACAAAAAAAAUAGCACUCGAAGACUUUCACGGCUGUCACAAGUUAUUGAUUGCUGUAACAAAACAAGUAACACACAUUUGUGUUUCAUGUACCACAUAAGGAGUUUCCCAGAAACAAAAUUUGCCUGUCUCCCUGCAAGGACAACAACUGACAGACCAUCAUGCAAAUUUAGAAGUGACUGCUACACACCGAAAGUCGAAACAACCUGUGUCUAUCCAGCGUUGGACAAUAAAACAAGACUUUUAAGAAUUCUUCAUGGUCGAAAACCACCCUUGUUAUUUCUUGGAGAUCCUCUUGAUUUACACUAUUCGGUUGCUGUCAGUAAUUAUGUCCCAAACAGUUCAAUGGUCCCUGUCAGCUUACCAUAUGUAAUCGAAACUUUUUGCAAAUAUUUGAUUUCAUUGUCUGGAGCUUUGGCUAUCAUCAACGUUGUGCCUUGCUAUGCCUUAGAUGGCCAGUGGAUUUGCCGUGCCUUCAUCGAAAUGUCUUUGCGUCCCUUUAUAGCAGAUGCAGAGAUCCGAAACUUAAUAUAUUCGGUCAUUUUAAUUUACGGGACAGUCAUUCUGCUGGCCAAUGUCAGCAUUGCUAUGUGGACAUUGUUUUCUUGA